UAUGAUUACACUCCAUUUCCGCCCGGCAUCGAGGAGAGACGCGUCGUCAUUGUGAUAUCUCAAAGAGAAAUAAAUUGGUGGUUGCAUUGAAAACUUAUAAAAUGGCUUUGCCACGAGUUUACUUGGAUGUUUCCGCUGAUGGAACAAAUCUUGGAAGAAUUGUAAUUGAGUUGCGAACAGAUGUUACUCCCAAGACCUGUGAAAACUUCCGCGCCCUUUGCACGGGCGAGAAAGGAUUCGGCUACAAGGGAUCCACUUUCCACCGCGUGAUCCCCAACUUCAUGUUGCAAGGAGGUGACUUCACCAACCACAAUGGCACUGGUGGCAAGUCUAUCUACGGCGAGAAGUUCGCUGACGAGAACUUCGUCCUGAAGCACACUGGCCCUGGUGUCAUGUCCAUGGCUAAUGCUGGUCCCAACACCAAUGGAUCCCAGUUCUUCAUCACCACCGUUAAGACCUCUUGGUUGGAUGGAAGACAUGUUGUCUUCGGAAAUGUUGUUGAGGGCAUGGAUGUUGUGAAGCAAGUAGAAGCCUUCGGCUCCCAGUCUGGCAAGCCAUCGAAGAAGGUUGUCAUCAAUGACUGUGGACAACUUUCUUAAUGUAAUUGUAAUAUUAAAGUGUAAUGCAAUAUUUUAAGUUUAACACUAUGUCCUCCCUUGUAAUACCUUCCCAGUUGUAAAAGAACAUUUAUCAAGUUAACUAUGGGUCAUUCCAAUUAAGCUGUUAAAUUUUAUGCUAUAUUAUAGGUCUCAAACUAGGAAUUGCAUUUAUUUCUUGCAUUAUGUAUUUGUAAUAAAUUUAACUUAAUAUGGUACACUUGUAUAUUCAUUAUGCUAUUUGAUUCAUUCAAAAAUAUACAUAUACUUGUGUGAUUAGAGCUAGUGGAAGAUCAGGCAUCUGACAUUUACAUUAUACACAUUUUGUAAUCAAAUUGAAACUGGGUAGUUUCUUUUGCUUGUGAUUAAUAUAUUUUUGAAAUUGAA